CCUGGAGUCCACAGACACAGCGCUGAUUGACCGAGCGGAGCAGGAGCUCAUCCUCAGAGCGCAUGAUUGUGUUAGAGGGGCUUCACUGGACUGUCAGAGUAAAAACCCCACUCCAACCACGCCUUUAAGAGUAAAUAAUCCACAUCAGAGGAGACUGGCUCUUACAGGAUAUUGCCCAACUAGCCCUGCUUGAGUUUUUUUUCGCGCAGGGAAAGUGGUUUGUAUUUAUUUUUGGGCGAGAGGGGACUCGCGCCGUGGCCGCCAGUCUGUGCGUAAAAAUAAUACAAAAAAAAGUUUAACGCACGGAGGAGAUUAUUUGAGGAGACUCCAAACCCGAUCACCACUCCCCGGGAAUUGUAAAGCUCGCACCGGACGCUCACCGGAGGAGGAUAUAUAACUUUUAUAAGACAUUGUGUGGAGAGACUGGGAGAUUCGGGCUGGUGGAGCGGGAGAGCGGAGGAAUCCUCUUCGCUGCAGCCGGGGAGGAGUGCACGCAGCGCCGGGUAGCAGGCUGACCCAAAGGACGGCACCUCGGAGAGAAGGUUAUGACGGAGCUGAGCUGAACAUGGAGCUUUUCUGGAUUUUGUUAUUUUCUAGUGUCUCUCCUCUCGCCUGGGGCCAAGGAGUUUACGCUCCAGCUAAUGCCCAGAUCGUGCACUCGGGCGCAGCAUGUAACGUCAAGGAUGAUAACAUCAGCGAGAGAAUCUACACCAUCAAAGAAAACGACACACUCGUGCUUCAGUGCAUCGUCAAGGGACACCCACGGCCAGAGAUACGGUGGACGAAGACGGCGGGCAGUGCAUCCGAGAAAUUCCAAGAAAAACCCAUCUACAACGAGACGCUACGCAUCAAGAGCAUCCGGAGGGGGCAGGGGGGUCGCUACUACUGCAAGGCCGACAACGGGGUGGGGGUGGCUGCCAUCAAGUCCAUCCGCGUAGAUGUGCAAUACCUUGAAACACCAGUUCUGACGGUUCACCAGACCAUCAGUGACGUGCGCGGCAGUUACUACCAGGAGAAGACGGUGUUCCUGCGCUGCACCGUCAACUCCAACCCUCCUGCCCGAUUUAUCUGGAAACGCGGGAACAUGCUCAUCGAACAGAGCAAGGACAACGGAGUGGACAUCUACGAGCCGCUUUACACUCAGGGUGAGACCAAGGUGCUGAAGCUGAAAAACCUCCGACCCAAGGACUUUGCUGACUACACCUGCCAGGUGUCCGUACGCAAUGUGUGCAACAUCGCGGACAAGUCGGUCACUUUCAGGCUCACGAAUGCGACCACUCCCCCAAUGAUCCGGCUGUCAGUCAACGACACGGUGGUGGUGGACCCCGGGCAGGACGUGCAGUUAACCUGUGAGGUGACUGCAGGUUUCCCUCCCCCCAAUGUGACGUGGUCGUGUUCCACCGGCAAACUUCCCCUCAGCGCACAGGUUCGAGGGGCAACACUCAUUCUGCGGGCGGUCACACCGACUGACGCAGGCCUUUACAACUGCUCGGCUGUCAACAAUGUGGGCAACCCUGCACGAAAGAACGUCAAUGUGGUCGUCCGGACGAUGAGCAACCUGACCUUUCAAAUUACACCCGACUCCAACAAGGACAGCGAGAGCAUCCAAAUGGGGCGGGACCUCAAGCUGUCGUGCCACGUUGAUGCCACCCCGCAGGACAAGGUCAACUACACCUGGUACAAGAACGCCGCGCCUGUCUUCAACUCGGACAGCCUGAUCUUGCUGCGCAGUGACCCUGACAUGGCACCUGGCACCAGCAGCUUGGAGAUCGUGGACAUGAAGUUCAGAGACUUGGCUACCUACAGCUGUGUGGCAAAUUUCCCCGGCAGCAGGGUUCCGGAGCUCCGUGUGGAUGUCAACAUCUCUCAGAACAGUGUCUCUCCUCCAGUGCUGUCAGUUCCGCCAGGAGGUCAGGUGGUCAACGUGCGAGAGGGAGGCACCGCUGAGCUGGUGUGCCUGAUAGUCGAUGGCAAACCACGUCCGCCUAUACUCUGGUCACGGACAGAAAAGGACCUGCUAAUGCCAGCUGAGAAGACUGUGGUUGAGACCCCUGACGGCCGCUUGAGGCUCAAGAAUGUCAGCCGGGACAUGAUGGGGGCGUACCGGUGCCAGACUGCUCCGUACAACGGGCUUAACAUCAAGCGCAGAGAGGCGCAGGUCCAGCUCAACGUGCAGUAUCCGCCCAUAUUGGACCCAGUCUUCCAGGACUCGCGCUCUCGGAACUAUCAGAUGGUGACUCUGAGGUGUACGGUGCUGCGGUCCAAUCCGCCGCGUCUGACAGACAUCCGCUGGUACCGUAACGGCGAUUUCGUCCGAAUGCCCUUGCCGGACCUGAAGGAGACGCCAGAGCUGAAGUUCAAGCUGGAACCUACCAACAAUGGCUCUUAUGAGUGCCGAGUUAGCAAUACUGUAGGAACAUCGACAUGCACAUUUAAUGUCUCUGCUCAACCGUAUAAUGCAGAAUUUUACUUUGACACGCCCAACCCAGUCCGGAUUCUGAAAGGUAACAACUAUUCCUACAACCUGCAGUGGACACAGAGAGAUCCCGAGGCCACAGACCGCAUCAUCGGCUACUGGAUUAAUAUCCGAAAGAACAAGCAGAGCUUGCUGUCGAAGCAGAUAGACCUCAAGGGUAAGGAGCCAGAGAGGGGGGUGCUGAUAUCCCACACCAUAUCAGACCUGAAAAUCCCCCUGUCCUACGAGGUCCGACUGGCCCCCAUCACCACCUACAGCACUGGGGAGUACAUCACUCGAAUCAUCCAGUAUUCAGAACCCUACACCUACCCGAGGCCCUCAGACCAUGUGUGUGCUUUCGAAGAUGAGCGAAUCUGUGGUUUCUCUCAAGACCGGAGUGACAUCUUUGACUGGACGAGACAGAAUCACCUGACACAGAAUCCCAAGCGAUCUGCCAACACUGGCCCCGAGACUGACCGCAGCGGGACCAAGGAGGGAUACUACAUGUUCAUCGAAGCGUCAUGGCCACGUGUUCAAGGAGACAAAGCUCGUCUGCUGUCGCCACUUUUUAAUGUGUCCUCAGUCAGGGGUCCCAAGGGCUCCGGCCGAGUACCAUACUGCGUCUCCUUCUACUACCACAUGAAGGGCAAACACAUUGGCACUCUGAAUGUUCUCCUGAGAGUGAGAAGCAUUGCCUCUGUGGACACUGUGAUUUGGACCAAGUCUGGCCAUCAAGGCCCCGACUGGAAGAAAGCGUACUUUGACAUCAGCCCCAGUGGACCCUUCCAGAUUGUAUUUGAAGGAAUCCGAGGCCAGAGUUUCGAGGGGGACAUUGCCAUCGACGACGUCUCCAUCACCAUAGGGAAGUGCAAACAGGAGAACACCGUCGCCAGCGCAGGUAAGACAGUCCUGAUCGGUGGCUCACACUCACUCCCAUUGGCCAGCUGGCUGACCUUUGGCCUCUCCUGCCUGCUGUCGCUGCUCUACAGAUGAUGAGCACUUCUCACCACAGCCACCACUUGUCUGCACUGCCAGACGCUGACCUGACUCGCUCCUUUACUGCUCUCUCUACCCCUGCCCCUCUCCGCCCCCUCUACUUACUUGUCACCUCACCUGUCUGUCCUCCUCGCUCACUGUCUCUCUAACCUUUAUGCAUCCGUCUCAUCAUUCCUGCUUAUAGGUAAAUGGUAACAUAAAGUCUCGGUCUACUUUCUCCUCCUCUGAUUUCUUUGAACAUUUCCCCUGCAGACACUCUGCAGUAUAACCAACAGACUGUAUUUAAGGUGAACAUACUUAAUGAUCUUCGACAGUCGACCUUCACAUCCUCCCACUUUGUCACCUUUUCCUUCUUCUCCUUCAUCAAAACCCUUCGCCCAUACACAGACCCUCUCAUGUAUCUCCACUCCCCUCGAAGUACAAUCCUUGACGGCCCAAUUCCCGAGACACACCAAAGUGUCGGACACUCUACCAAAGAUGACAAAGGACCGGAGGGAAUAAAGCGAGGGAACAGGGAUUCCAAGAAGAAAGCGAAAGAGAGAUAGAAAGUCGGGAAAAUCCUUCUUUUUCACAGAAACUGUCUCCCGCCCGUCCUAACCUUUGGGACCAUGGGAGCGACUGAAUGACAAAUGAGAGGGAUGAAAAAACUGAUGAAUGAAUGAAUAAAUAAAGAAAUGAAUAGCGAGGAAAGGACAAACCAGAAGAGGAGGUAAAAAGAAGGGUGCUCCUGGUAGCCUCUCUGCUCGACCUCCGCUUGCCACUUGAGACGAACCUCAGCGCGGAUACACGUGUACAUUUAUCUAUAUAUAUAAAUAUAUCAAAUAUAACAAAGUUUAAACUUCAAACACAACCAGGACAGUGGAGGACUUUACAAAGUGAAAUUAAAGAAGCACAACGUUUAUACAACCUCUGCUGUUCCUUUGGGUUUUAUUCUACGUAUUAUGUGAUGUUGCAAUUUGUCAUGCCUUCUCAAUGUUUUUGAUAUUUUGCUUUGGUUUUUGUUUGUUUACGCUGUUAUAAGGGUCAAGGGAAAUGGGUAAUGGAUUAUUAUAUUAAUAUUUAUGAAAGGAAGAUGAGCUGAUUUGUGGUAGAACCUGAAUCAAGCACUUGGAGGAAAUGCAAGGAUGACCCCGAGCCACCUGGGUAGAAACCUCAACUCUUCUUCGCACAAACAGUACAUUACUGAACACACACAUUUACCUGGACACAAAUAAACUCACACUUAGUUUUCCCUUCUGACGUCGCAGUCUGGCCCUCAGCUCACCCUCUGCCUCAAGUACACGUCUCAUAAUUUCCCUAUUCCAGCCUCUUUUCAUAAUUGUCCCUCUGUCAUUGGACGUCAUGACUCCACAGAAUAGCUGGACACCACUAAUGAGGAAGAAAGGGAAAGUGCUGUGGUAUGAGAGGCAGAAAAUAUCCUGGAGUUCGGUUGAAUAAAUGAUCAAAGAGCAGGUCUUUCUCCGCAGGUUACUGAAUGUCAUGUAUGAUUCCUCCCUUACACUCCUAGAAGUGGAAGGAGAGGAGUGUCAGUAUCUGGCCGGUGUGCGGUGUGGAUCACAUAUCAGAUGCUCUUGUCAUUGUUUCAUUAACGUUGAAUGUCUGUAGUGUCAAGAAUUUUCAUAAUCGCGUAGAUAUGAUUGUUAAAGUCAAGCAAUACUCACGUAGAUCUAUACGGUAGUUUAUGAUUGCAUUCAAGACAACAGUUCAGUCUCCAUAUACAAACCCUUGUUUUCUCCAAAAUACAACAUACUGGCUUUUUCUCUCAUCAUUUAUCAGUUCUGAUUUAUUUAAUACCAGUGUAUUCGUCAUUCGUGCAGUAGCCAUGAUGUACAUCAUUCAUGGCAAAGUGUGCCUGCAUUUUGUUGCAUCAUGCUUCAAUUGAUCUAAAAAAAAAAAACUCCACAUUCACCAGUCACACUGCUCCAAUAACAGAUCCGCUCGUGUAUGCUCAUCAUUGCCACGUGCAUUUGACUGUGUUGUGUCAUGUUGAGUUUAUCAUUGCACUUAUGGUUUUGUUUGUUUGUUGGUCUUCUUUAUUGUGGCUGCAAAUUGUAAUCAUAAUUGUUCAGCCAUAAUGAGUACAUAAGAGAAAUAUUGUGCCUAUUUGACCUUCCCAUGCAGACUGGUGUGGGAGGUAAUUUUGACGUUGAUGAACUGGCACUGAUACAAACUGUUAGAGAAGCCAUGCUUUCCUGUAAAUGUAUCUUUCUGCAACCAUAUACAGUUCUCUAUAAGGCUAAGCUUAAAAUCUCUUCAAAACACUUCUGUCUUUUCCCCAAAACACAACAGUAGCAAACAGUAUUGGUUUUAAGGCAUUCGCUUCCAUGUUUCCAGUUUCUCCAACGCAUAUGGUUAAGGAAAUACAGCUUAACAGCGUGGUUCUGUAAGUUAAAGAACCCUUUUAAUUUACUGAAUAGAGAAUUUGAUUAUUAGCCAUAACAUUUUAACCAUCCGAGGUAGAGUUACCACCUGUUAUGAGAUGCUGAAACAAUCGUAUAUGCUCCUGCAGAGGCCACAAGUCUGUAUGAUAUCCUCUGUGUUUUAAGAAAAACAUGUUUUAUUUGCGAUGUCAAGGAGAAGUACUACUUUACCCACAAUCCUGAGGUGUUACAGUGAGGUCUCUGAUUGGUGGAGCUCAUUGUUACCAUGGAAAUGUUAACCAAAAUCCUGAUAAUCAUGUCAGCUAUGAUUGGAUCAUUCAGUGUUACAUUACAUUUACCAGAGAACGACCAUAGUGUGGUAAAGAGGCGAAAAUCACUACAUGUCAAUUAAUGCAAUGGUUUAUGGGAUAUGCAGUUCCUUCACUCUUAAAAUAAUAAUGUACACAGUCUUUUACCUUUUCCUUUUUCCAUUAACUAUUGUUUUGUUUUGCUCAGAAUCAAAUGUGUUAUGCUCAUGACUCAUCUCGUAGCUGCUCGGCCUGGUUCCAGGCUUUCAACUUUUUUCAUUAAACAUCAUUGGAGAACAUGAAUGGGAAAUUGACUUCCGGAAGAAAAGCUGUUCUAAAAGUGGGCGUUCACUGUUGUGUAAAAGAGUUUAAGUUGUACAUAUCGUAAUGAUAUCCAUCACUAUAGCAGCCCAUUGUAGGUCAGUAUGUAAACUGUAUUAAAUACAUUUAGAAAUAUCAUUAAGCAUUGGUGUGCAUGGCAUUUCAUCACGCUGACUCUCAAAUCAUUCGUCAUAUUGCCUCAUUAUUUCAAUAAGAGAAACCCAUUGUUAUCAUUGCAUUUGGACACAUGACAGCUGAAAAUGAUCUGACAGAGUACUGAGGAAAUCCUAAAAUGUGUUGUUGUUCUUUUGUUAUUUCCAAAACUGACGCACACUCUGUGGUUGUGUUUUGGCUUUUAUUGUGACAAUUUAUGACUCAAGUGUAAAGGGGAAGAUGCUGAAUUAUUGCACCCACCUGACAACAGAAUAUCAAAGCAUAGCAUACAUGUGUGCAGUUAAUCCAAUCCGUUACUCCGCUCUUAUCACUGAGUUGAUGAAGCAACAAAAAUCUCUUGUUGCGGACGACAUGUGGCAAGAUGGCCAUGUAGGAGAUUGACUGCAGCUGUAUCCAUGUGAUCCUGAAUGGUAGAGCAACAUGUUUUAAUCCAACAUAAAUCAACACAGUUGGCACAUCACAGUUCAAUUUGACUUUGAUAAUGGUAAAUCGUCAAAUAUACAAUUUCAUUAAUGGUUUAAUCAUUGCCAUUUCCCAGUAUUUAAGUGAGUGUAACGGAAGCAAAACCGCAAUUGGACAUGAGGCCCAUAGUGAGGUUUGCAUAUAUUUGCCAUAAUAAAAUCACUUUCUGAAA